UCAUCCUGUCCGAAAACCGUUGGCAAUAUAGUGUAUUGUAUUAUCACAGGUUUGGUUUUAUUGAAUGGCUGGGAUGAAUUCACACAGAUCUGGCAACCCGGUCUGCUAUGUGGACGGAGAGAUCUGAACACGGCAUCGCGGCAAACAGAGGUGUAUUCAUAGAUUGGAGCGUGUUUAAUAAAUAUGUGACUAGUUAUUAGACAUUAUUUAGUACUGUUAGAGUAAUUAACUAAGUACAUUCUUGAUCGUUUUGGGGUUUUAUUAAUAUUUCUGCAGUUAAGCUUCAAAGCUCCGGAUGCUGAGGCAUUUCACUUGAAGCGGAGAAACCAUAAAAUGGCAACGAAUAGAAGCAGCUGUAACGGUACAUUUUCAAUGGACGUGUUACCUCCCAUGUACGGUGUGGAGAUGUGUGUGGCACUGGCGGGGAACAUACUGGCACUGUGGCUGCUUGUGACUAAAGAGAGAAAGAACUGGCACACCGGAGUGGUGUUCUCCUGCAACCUGGUAAUCAGCGACAUCCUUUACGCCCUCACUCUUCCACUUCUCAUCAUCUACUAUUCAAAAGGACGGGUCUGGAUAUUUGGUAAUGCUCUCUGCAAAAUAGAGCGCUUUCUCUUCAACUGUAACCUCUACGUCAGCAUUUACUUCAUCAUGUGCAUCAGUGCUAACAGAUACCUGGCCAUCGUUCAUCCCUUCUUCACACGCAACUAUGUAAAACCGAAACAUGCCAAGAUCGCCAGUUUGGUUGUUUGGAUCUUGGUGGCAGCCUUGUCAUCUCCGAUCCUCUAUUAUUCGGGUACCGAGAAAGAGAGAUGUUCUUUAUACGCAGAUUCAAGCCAAAAAUAUAUGAAGUUUGUAUAUAGGGUGUUUAUGGCUGUUAUAGGCUGCUUGAUCCCAUUUUUAGUUACAUUUGCAUCCUAUUUUGGUGUAAUAUGGGUGGUUUUCAAAAAUGAGAACAUCACAUCGCUGGAGAAGAAAAAAGUGGCUCUUAUGGUGGCUUUAGUCUGCAUCCUGUACUCCGUGUCUUUUGUACCAUAUCACAUAUUGCAAAUAUGGCACUUUAGUCUAAAGGCUUUAAAAAUGACUAAUUAUCCUGUGUGUAAUGGAUACCAAGUGUCAAAGGCAUUAGCCUGCGUGAACAUGUGUCUUCAUCCCAUCUUCUACAUGGCGGUGUUCGACAGCAUCAGGACAAUGUGCUGUAGAAGGAGCUCAAAGGAAUCCACUUAAUCUACCAAUUUGUUUUGUAUUCUCUCAGGUUCACCCUAAAUUUAAAAUAGCUUGUUUCUAUGGAAUGUUAUUCAGUAUGUAUGAUGAAAACUGUAUAAAUAAAGCAAUGUAUUUCAUCUUUUUUCCCCCAUUGAUAAUGCUAUCUUGACUAAGCCAUAAACAUAUGUUAGUUGGUUAUACUGUAUAUGAUAUUUAGAUCCCUGGUCUCAUUGCGCAUAUAUAUUAAAUACAGUUAAUUGCAAAUAGAAUAAAUAUGU